UGAUAACAAUAAAUUCCCGUCCCAAAAAGAAAACUGAAAGAGAGAAGUGUUUGAAACCUCUGUUGAGAGCGAGACGGGACGAGACGCGACCCAUAAAAUCAAAUCUUCCUUCUGAUUAACGGUUUAGAUUUAGUUUUACAUCUCCUUUCAAUGGACCACAUGCAUUGUUAUCAUAAUCACUUUCUGCACCUCCUACUGAGACGAUUUAAAGCAGUUGACCUCUCCGACAACCCAGAGCUUAUUAAAGAGGAGAAGCGCCGGUAUGAUCAGGCACAACUUGCUUGCCGGUUGAAGAUUAUAGAUAAACAAAGAUUGUUGGGUGUUCAGUCUAGCAAAGCAAUUAGUUCUUACAAAAAGACUGGGAAGGGAUUUAUGUUUAAAGAAAGAAAAUCUGCUCCUUUGGAGCUGAAGAUGGAAGAAGAGCACGCAGUAAUAAGGUUAACUGCUGUUACGGUCCUUCCGAAGGUAGGAAGCCAAGUUGGAGAAACCUUUGUUGGUACCCUUGAAGCCCAUGUUAACGGGUUCCUAUACAAAACCUCCAGCUUCCAUAUGCAUUAUUUUUUUGACGAUAUUAAAAAAUCUUUCUUCCGACUUGGGGACAACAGGAUGCCGCCUCUCUUACACUUUCACUUGCAUAAGCCCAUCAUGAUGGGGUCAGGAAAGACAACAGAUAUCGAAUUCCAUUUGGCGCAAUGCCCUCUGGGACAGAUGAGGUCUGAUCAUGAUUCAGAUAAGAUUGAGAAAGAGAAGCAAAUCAGGGAUGGGGGCCUUAAUGAAGAUUUAAAGAACUUUGUUGGCAAAGUUAAUGCUCUAUGGAAAUACCCGUGUAAUCCACCUUUUCCGUUUGAAGAGAUAAAGAAGGAGUACGAAUUUUAUGGGGUUCUUUCCUCGAAGCCAUCAGCAUUUGCCCUGACGAUCUUUAACCUAAUUGUGUUUGUAGAAACACCUUUCGUUAUGGUGCCACUAAGGAAAAUUGAGAUUGUUAAUCUGGCGCUGCUUAGACCUCAAGAAAUUGAUAUGACAGUCAUAUUUCGGGAAUUUAAGGAGGACGGUGUGCUUGAAAUCAAUUCAAUUCCCUUAAGGUCGCUUGAUUGCAUAAAACGUCGCCUUAACCUUUCUCGAGUGAAGUACUAUGUGAAUGCUAAAAAAUUAGACUGGAAGGCCAUAGUGGAAGGCAUAGCAGAUUUCCCAAAAAAGUUCAUAGAUGAUGGUGGAUGGGAUUACUUUAAACUCGAGGAUCGUGAUACUUUGGCCUACUACAUGGAACCAACAGAUUGCCCCGAGAAGUUCAUGAAGAAUGGUGGAAGGGAUUACUUUAAAGGCGAACAUUCUGAUAUUUCUGCCUACUGCAGGAAAAUAGCGUUUGCCCCAGAGUAAGAAUGAAGAAGCAAUGGGUCGGAUAGUUAAGAAAUGGUAGUAUAGCAGGAGAAAGGUUGAUUUCAGACAAAAUAGUCUGGUGUUUUUUUUGAAUGUGCAUGCAGGUAUUACCUAUAAAGCCAAUGUUGCUGUAAUGAAGAUAUUUUCGCAAUCUGCAGUUUGUCAAUUUCUUAUGUUUGUCAAUUUCUUAUCUCACGAAGAAAUUUGUGUCAGUAGACAGACACUGGAGCUUCUUCAUUAGCGUUUCUAUAACAGGUGAAUGUUAUUCUUAUUUUUGCUUCGGUGACUUCCUUAGCUGGCUGGAGUUUCUUCAUAAGCAUUUACUACUUGUUUUUGUUUCAGUGACUGUUAAUUCUUUUAUGAUUUUUGACAAAGAAGUAUAGAGUCUUUUUUGAAUAUAUACCUACAGUUUGUCAAUAUCAUAUUCUUACUGGAAGAAACUUAUGUUAGUAGAAUAGAUGCGAGUGAGUCAUCUGUUACUAGUUUAUUA